AUGCCCAAAACGCAGCCCAACCUCUACGCCUUCCCCGACGUCGACGCUCUGGCACCCGCUCUGCGUGCCUACAUCGUCCAGAGCCAGAACGCCGGCUUCUGCCGACAAGAUUCCUUCAGGGUGGCCGUCUCCGGUGGCUCGUUGCCCAAAACUCUUGCCCAGGCUCUCCUGGCCCCGCCAAGGGGCCCCGACGACAAGGUCGACUUCGCCAAGUGGGAAAUCUUCUUCGCCGACGAACGUGCCGUGCCGCUGGACCACGCCGAUUCCAACCACGCGCUGCUCAAAGCCGAGCUUCUGGACAAGCUGCCCGCAGACCAGCAGCCCACGGUGCGGGCCAUUGACGCCGCGCAUCUCGACGACACCCAAGAGCUAGCAGACCAGUACGAGAAAACCCUCGUCGGCAGCUUCGCGAGCCGUGACUCUGUCCGCCUCCCCAUCUUCGACUUGAUCCUGCUCGGCUGCGGGCCCGAUGGUCACACCUGCUCCCUGUUCCCCGGCCACCCCCUCCUCCGCGAGACCGAUGCCUGGGUAGCUCCCAUCGAAGACUCUCCCAAGCCGCCCCCGAGACGGAUCACUCUCACUCUGCCCGUCGUUACCCACGCCGUCCGCGUGGCCUUUGUGGCAACCGGCAGCGGCAAGAAGGAUAUCAUGAAGCGAAUAUUCGACUCGCCCGAGGGUCUACCAUGCACCCUGGUCAACGAAGCCGCUGGCGAGCGGUGCAGCUGGUUCGUGGACGAGCCUGCCGUCCAAGGUGUCGCCUUUCCCAGGAAAGCCUACUUGUAG